AUGUAUCUCGCCGGGUUAUCCUUUUUAUCCUUAUCAAAAAGAAAAGAAAAGAAAAAAAAAAAAAAAAAAAGUUUCAGAAGAAAUUUUCCGGGAAACGGCAAAAGAAAAGAGCUCAUCACUUUCGCAAUCAACCUAAACCUCAAUAGCCAAAAAGUUAUCAAUCGCCUCAAGACGAUCAAGAAAAGGUACAGAGUGAUGAGAGACAUACUUAGUCGAGACGGAUUCUGGUGGAACUCGAGCACAAAGAUGAUUGAUUGCGAAAGUGAUGAGCUCUGGAAAAGAUAUAUUGCUGUAUACCCAGACGCAAAAGCAUUUAGGGGAAAGCAAAUUGAGAUGUAUGAAGAACUUAGAACAGUAUGUGGUGACUAUCAAACUUCAGGUCGAUAUAGCAAAGUGAAGAGUGAAAGCAAUCAUCAUCUUAACGACAUAAAACACUUUGAAGAAGACUCUGUUUCAUUCCCUUUAGCAAGUUCUGAAGAACAUAGUGAUACAGAUGGAACUGAGUCAUACGCAGGAGGAGCAAAUGAGUAUAUGCAUGAAGAGUCUCAAGAUUAUCCUCCUCCUCCUCGAGAUCCUUUAAGACAACCUUCUAAACGUCCUCGAAACUUGGAUCCAUUCCAAGAAGCAAUGUUUGCAGUUGCCUCUAGCAUUCGUCGCCUAGCUGAUGCAGUGGACCAAAGCAAAACUUCGAUCAAUACAGAGGACUUGUUGGAAGCAGUGAUGGAGAUUGAUGGGUUGGACGAAGCAAAACAGAUGUAUGCAUUUGAGUUUCUGAAUGGUGAUCCAGUCAAAGCUAGAGCUUUCAUGGCUUAUAAUAAGAGGAUGAGGAAGAUGUUUUUGUCUCGACAGUUUUGGUGGUGGAAGUAACUAACGGAUUUGCUUCUAUGGCCUCAAAGAAUCUUCCUCUUUUUUUUUUUUUU